CCUGGCUUCCUCCUUGCUAGGGUGGCGUUGGGCUGGCGCGGGCGUUCGGGUGACUGCAGCUACUCGGCUCUCCGCCCCCCGCCCUGCGCCGCGCGGCUGCCCCGUCGCUUCGCACAGGGCUGGAUGGUUGCAUCGGGCAGGGUGGCUCCAGGAUGUUAGGGACUGUGAAGAUGGAAGGGCAUGAGAGCAGCGACUGGAACAGCUACUACGCGGACACACAGGAGGCCUACUCCUCGGUCCCCGUCAGCAACAUGAACUCGGGCCUGGGCUCUAUGAACUCCAUGAACACCUACAUGACCAUGAACACCAUGACCACCAGCGGCAACAUGACCCCAGCUUCGUUCAACAUGUCCUACGCAAACCCGGGCCUGGGCGCCGGCCUGAGUCCGGGCGCGGUGGCUGGCAUGCCAGGAGGCUCCGCGGGCGCCAUGAACAGCAUGACGGCUGCGGGCGUGACGGCCAUGGGGACAACGCUGAGCCCCGGCGGCAUGGGCGCCAUGGGCGCGCAGCCCGCGGCCUCCAUGAACGGCCUGAGCCCCUACGCCGCUGCCAUGAACCCGUGCAUGAGCCCCAUGGCGUACGCGCCGUCCAACCUGGGCCGCAGCCGAGCGAGUGGCGGCGGCGACGCCAAGACUUUCAAGCGCAGCUACCCGCACGCCAAGCCGCCCUACUCGUACAUCUCGCUCAUCACCAUGGCCAUCCAGCAGGCGCCCAGCAAGAUGCUCACGCUAAGCGAGAUCUACCAGUGGAUCAUGGACCUCUUCCCUUAUUACCGGCAGAACCAGCAACGUUGGCAGAACUCCAUCCGGCACUCGCUGUCCUUCAACGACUGCUUCGUCAAAGUGGCGCGAUCCCCGGACAAGCCAGGCAAAGGCUCCUACUGGACGCUGCACCCGGACUCCGGCAACAUGUUUGAGAACGGUUGUUACUUGCGCCGACAGAAGCGCUUCAAGUGUGAGAAGCAGCCAGGGGCCGGGGGCGGAAGCGGGAGCGGAGGCGGCGGCGGCGGCGGCGGCGGCGGCGCCGCCAAGGGCGGCCCGGAGAGCCGCAAGGACCCCUCGAGCGCCGCCAACCCCAGUGCCAAUUCUCCCCUUCAUCGGGGCGUGCACGGUAAGGCGGGCCAGCUAGAGGGCGCGCCGGCCCCCGGGCCGGCUGCCAGCCCCCAGACUCUGGACCACAGCGGGGCGACAGCGACAGGGGGCGCCUCGGAGUUGAAGACUCCAGCCUCCUCGGCGGCGCCCCCGAUCAGCUCUGGGCCAGGGGCGCUGGUUUCUGUGCCUCCCUCCCACCCGGCGCAUGGCCUGGCACCCCACGAGUCCCAGCUGCACCUGAAAGGGGACCCCCACUACUCCUUCAACCACCCCUUUUCCAUCAACAACCUCAUGUCCUCCUCGGAGCAGCAGCACAAGCUGGACUUCAAGGCGUACGAGCAGGCACUACAGUACUCGCCCUAUGGCGCUGCGUUGCCCGCCAGCCUGCCGCUCGGCAGCGCCUCGGUGGCCACCAGGAGCCCCAUCGAGCCCUCAGCCCUGGAGCCAGCGUACUACCAAGCUCCCAGUCUAGCUGGGUUCACUGAACUUUGGACCCUGCAGACUGCAACCCUCACCACCCUCGACUCCAGCCAUCAUUCUGGCAAGCAAUAUGGAGUUGGAGAAUACCCAUGCAUUUCAGUUUUAACGUGUACAAUGCAUACAUUUUCUUACUAUAAACAUUUUUUAAAAACCUGACAAGAGGGAAAUCCUCACUUGCUACCUUUCUCUAACUUCUUCAUUUCUCCAAUUAUGUCAGCUAUGACUACAGAGCAAAAAAAGCAGAGCUCAUGGUAAGCACAAGCUCUCCUCUGUAGCCCAAGAAAGUGAGAAGCCACCUUCUUU